CUAUUUUUCUACUCAUACCAUAAUCAUAGUUUUUUUCUCAAAGUUCAACUUCUGAGCAGUAUAAUCAUCGCUUUAGGUGGGCAAACCCGACCGAAUAGCUUUGGAAGACAUCCAUUACUUGAUUCGAAGAGAUCCGAAGAAAUUUGCUAGGGUGAAGGAUCUCUUGUCGAUGAGCGAAGAACUGAAGAAAGCUCGCAAACAAUUUGAUGACGUAAAGCAACUCUGA